UUGGGUACAGAUUGAUCACGUUGCUCUACCAAUCAUCACAGUUUCGUCCAGUUUGCCCUGCCCUCCAGCAUUGUUGGUGACGAGUUACGGUCUGGCCUGGGACCCAACAAAACUUCAUUAAGUCAUACGAGCGGUGUGGCAGCCGAAGCAAAGUUUUUGUCUGUGGGAAAAGUUCCCUGCAGACGGCGCAAACACAGAGAGAGAGAGGGGAAAAAAAGGCCUCUCCCCCAACCAACCAAGCGAUGUCAAUGCCUCCCGGCUCGGUAGUGACGGGCGACCGGUGUGCGGUUGCGGGGAGGAGAUCACUCCUGCUGCCGCCUCGCCGUUAGGGAUGGAGGGCGGCAUCGCGCCGACCUCCCAGCUGCUGUUCCGCGCUUGCGAAGAGGGAAGCUUCGAGAACGCCAGGCGGUUGCUGGAGCCCCCCGAGGAGGAGAGGAGCGAGGAGGCGGGUGUCGGGGCGCCGCAGGUGCCGGUCGACUGCACGGACGACGACGGCAACUCGGCCCUGCAGUUCGCGGCCGGCAACGGCCACGAGCAGCUGGUGCGCUUCCUGCUGAUGAAGGGGGCCUCGGUGGACAGCCGCAACCACUACGGCUGGACGCCGCUCAUGCAGGCGGGCCGCUUCGGCCACCUCAACGUGGCUCAGGUGCUGCUGGAGAACGGCGCGGACGCCAACGCGGCCAACAAGCUGGGCGCCGGGGUGCUAACGGCCGCGGCGCGAGGCGGUCACCCCGGGCUGGCGCGAGCCCUGCUCGAGAGCGGCGCCCGCACGGACCUCGGCGGCGACACGGGCGCAGGCCCGCCAAGGUGUGGUGAGGAGGACAACGACGAGGGGGAGCGGGACCGGGCGACGGGCGACCUGACGCCGCUGAUGGUGGCGGCGCAGCACGGUCGAGAAGCCGCGGUCAGGGUGCUCUUGGAAUGGGGCUCGGUGGCCGGCCAGGCGGGCCACACCAGCGGCUGGAGCGCUCUCAUGCUAGCGGCCCUGAGCGGGGAGCUGGGCGUGGCGCAGCAGCUGAUAGACAGGGGGGCCGACCCCAACUUGACCAACGCGGCCGGCAUGACUGCCUUUGAAAUCGCCUGCACCGCCAAACAGAGGGAGUUGCGGCAUUAUCUGGACUCCAAGACCACCAACAGGCCCAAGUCGGACGAAGAGAAAAGGAGACCAGACAUAUUUUGUGCCUUAAAACUGGGGAGCUAUCCAUUGGUGAAGGAGAUUCUUGAUGAAGAUGCAAAUCAGGCCAAUAUUGUUAAUGCAGAUGGUGCCUCUCCAUUAAUGAUUGCUGCCAUGACAGGUCAGCUAGAACUUGUACAACUUCUUUGUGAGAGGAACUCUGAUAUUGACAAGCAAGAUGGUGUUCAUGGGUGGACAGCCUUAAUGCAAGCUACUUACCAUGGGAGCAAGGAUGUUGUGAAGUAUUUGUUGAAUCAAGGAGCAGAUGUCAAUCUCUGUUCCAAGGAUGGAGUAACUGCAUUUGAUCUUGUAAUGCUGCUAAAUGAUCCAGAUACAGAACUUGUACGACUUCUUGCAUCUGUCUGCAUGCAAGUUGAUAAAGAGAGAAGUAAACCAAAAUCCAAGACGGUACCUCGUUCAAGAAGUAAACUGUCCUUAAAUAUCCCUGCGCCUCCAGAGGACAAGGGGGGAUUAAAGUCUUGGUGGAAUAGAAUGUCCAACAGAUUCCGUAAAUUGAAAUUGACUAGGACACUUAGACAAGGCUUUUCCUCAAAUCGGCUUGCCCCUUUCUUAGAUGAUCCUAAAAUUGGAUUGGAUUCAACAAUGAAAGCCACCCAAAAGGAUGACUCCAAUGAUUCAGCCUUGACAUCUGCAGGCAAUAUAGAUUUCUCUAUGGCUUGGACAUCACAAAGCAAGAACGGUGGACAUGGCCAUACUUGUACAGAAAAAGAUGAUGUUCUUCUUACAACUAUGACAUCUGUGAGCAGAAUGGGUAAAUCUGUUAAACUCCCUCCUAUUCCAAAUCUUACCAGAAGCCCAACAUCUCCUCAGAACUCGGGACAUUUUAAUUAUUCUCCACAUUCCUCUGGUGGAUCAAAUGGAGUAGCUGGCGUCAGUAGACACUGCAUCGGUGAAUCACAUAACCGCUCAGGGGGAAGUUCGGAUAGUGUCUUGUCCCAAAUCGCUGCCCAAAGGCGGAAAGCAGCUGGUUUGCCCGAUUUGAAAACAACUAGGUCUGAGAUUUUGCCUCAACUUAUCUUUGUUGAAACUAACCUCCCUGAACUGCCAGCCUCGCCAACUGCGGAUAACUGCAUUGUACAGAAAUGUAGCCAACAACGUCCAUCGUCUGGCACCUCAUCUAAUUCCAAGAGUACCUCUCCUACUCUGACUCCAUCACCAUCUCCCACACCCAAAAGUCCACAAGGAGAAUCCUCCCUGUCAUCAUCUUCACAUCAACACUCUAAGAACAGUGGUGGAUCCAGUAGUGGAACUCUCACGGAUGAAGAUGAAUUAUCCAGUAUUUUAAAAAAGCUGUCGCUUGAAAAAUAUCAACCUAUAUUUGAAGAACAAGAGGUGGAUAUGGAAGCAUUUCUUACGUUAACUGAUGGUGAUUUGAAAGAGCUGGGUGUAAAGACAGAUGGUUCAAGGCAACAAAUCUUGGCAGCAAUCACAGAGUUAAAUGCUGGAAAGGGACGUGAGAGGCAGAUACUACAGGAAACUAUCCAUAACUUUCAUUCUUCAUUUGGGAGCAGUGCCAGCAAUUCUCGUCAACUUAAUUUUCAGCAAUCUCCCAUUGCCUGGAUUGGUAGACCAACGACAACAGUGGAUAAGAGAUGACCUUGAAUUGGGCAGGCGAUUCACUUUCAACAAAUCCUCCAUAACCUAACCUUCAAGAUUAGUGUUUUUUGUAUGCAUCCUCAAUCAUAACUUCUGCCAUUGCAGGUGAUUCAAGGGUCUCAAACAGAAAUUGUGCCAGUAUCAUGAGGAAUCAUCGAAUGCCCAACAGAAUCGAGAUUUGUCAUUUGUGCAAUAGAUGAAAUCCUGACGCAUUUUAAUGAUUCAUUUUUUUAAUAAACCCAAGCACCGAAGAUGCCUUUCAAAAUUUGCAUACAAUAUUUUACAGUGCAAUCAGUAUCAAGUGGCAUAAAUAGCUGCUGAGUGAUAAUGACUCAGAUGAAGUUGUAUAUUUAUGCUCAUGAUUUAUCUAUACUUGCUCCAAGAUUUACGACAAUAAAGGCAAGAAACCGAGUAUCAUUUUAUAUUCUUCAGCAACAAAGAAUUUAGAAUCUGGCUUGGAGACCAGGGAUAGGGUGAAGACUAUCUUCUGCUUCAGCCAGUGCCAGUAUUUUUUUCCUGGAUAGCUGGUAGCAACCAGUAUCCUGAGAGCUGCUGGGUACAAUUGUCCCUGUAGGAAAUCUGAAUUUGUAACCAUUUUCAGGAGUUUCUCCUUUGCAGUAAUGCAGAAAAACAGGAAACUAAAAGGCAGCUGGUUGGAUUAUGCCAAUUAAUUUCUCAUUUCCUUUAUUAUACAAGCUCAUCCAUGACAAGCCAACUGCAGAAUUAAUGUAGAGCAAGCAUCACUCUUUAUUUUGUAAAAUUUAAAGCUAUUACAAAUAAAAUUAAAUGAAUUCUUUCUUUAA